AUGAUGUUCCAGCUCUGGUACUUGCUUUGCAAUGUCAUAGUGUCUGCAUCUGCAAUUUCAUGGCCUGGUCGCUCGACUCAAGGUGUUUCUGCGGUACGGCCGUCGGUCAAUGACCCAGCACUCGUGGAGUUGGGAGAAGACGAGAUCUGGAUUUCUGCUCAGGAGAUCUCGGACGGUCGCGCUGGAAAGUCGGACUGCUUUCGACGCGCCACAGGACUAAUUCGCGCGUCUUGCUCACAGUUGGACAUGGUAGAGGACGAACGCGUCAAAGCCGCGAUAAUGAUGACCUUGUGCGAGUUAUCGACAGCGCGGCAUCAUUCUCUGCCUAUGGAGUGCUCUGCUUUCGCUCCCACCCAAGACUUGGGACAUUUUACGGGGAAACACCGUGAGCAAUCUCAAGGCAGCUGCGUGGAUGCACUUUCGCGGAGUGCGCAAUCCUGGUCCAGUUACUCGGGAUAUCUUCGCGACGUCCCUCAACUCUGUUCUACAUUUUCAAAAUGGAACGACAUCGACCUGGCCCGAGAAAUAUACAGAAAUGCAACACUGCUGAAGAUCAAGCUGAUACGGUCCCUGAACACCCGCGAAGAGAAACUACAAUCGUAUAUGCGCUUAUGGGACGAGAACCUGAAGGAAAUGCGUAACCUUCAGGCGUACGGCGAGGAUAUGCUACGGAAGGUCACUGCAAACUCACACGAAUCUAUCGAGACUCUCAAAGGAUCGUACGACGCGUCGUUGAGCAGUAUCAUGGUCACGGCGGGCGAUGCACAGCAACGCAUGGAAGCGGCAUUCACUAAUGCUAUCGAUAGGUUGACACCAAUCUUUGAUGACAUGUCGAAGAGACAAAUCGGCUUCCUUGAACGCCUUUCCCCUUUACUCGAAGAGGCCCUUACAAAUAAACUGAAUGAAGUUUACGCUGUGGUGCACGCACGCCAUCUACAGUUGGAUUCAAUUACUAACGGGACCAUUCGCCGUUGGCUCGAGCUUCAAAGUAGCUUCUCGACAACGCAACAGACUGUUUCCCAAGCAUCCCAAGCUGCCGACAGCAUAAUCAAGAAAAUCUCAGUCUCUAGUGAACAGAUGGAUACGAUUCGACAGCAGCAGACCCGGACCGUCCAUUCAGCUGCUCUCUUGGCUGACUCCAUCCAAAACCUCAGCCAAGCGGCAACCUCAAGCUUGAACAUCAUAAACGAAACGGCCACGCAAAUCAAACUGGAACUCAAUCAACCCGUCUAUCAUUUUUCUGGAGUUUGGUGGAUGGGGAGGCGGGUCGCUGAGAUGCUUUUCCGAGUAGAUCCUAGUGCCCUUGAAUGCCUCUUCGACAACCCGACGAUUCGAUUGGUCUACAAUCUUGGCUGGUUUGUGUGCUACUUCAUCAAGUCCGGCGCAAUAUUCGCAGCGGUCCGUUGCCUUUCAUCCGUUCUUGCCUCAUCUUGCUCCACUCCUCAGCUAACGCCCCCGCUUCGUUCAGAGCGUGGUGAUCGCCGUUUUCUUUCGCAAAGCAAACACCAGCGAAGCUCAGUGCGUGCAUACCUUUUCGUCGGUGUUUUUGUGCUCACCGUAGAGUCUACUACACUCGAGCAGGCAACAAGAGACUCGAGCCCCGCUUGCUGUGCCGACAAGGACGGACGCUUCGAUUUCCCUGUUGGCUCCUAA